ACUUCACUUAACAGCAACAGUUGAAAAAAAUCGAUAAUGGCAUGGCUACUUGAUACAAACAAAACUACAUACGUUUAGUUAAUUUCAUAAAAUGUUUUAAUAAUACUUAAACAUGGAUCCUAUGUACUUGGCGUUGAGUUUAUUUCGCAGAAGACGUUACGACAAGUGCAUAGAUAUUUGUACCAGUAUUUUAGACAAACAGCCUCUAGAUCAAGCAGCAUGGUGCUUAAAAAUGAGAGCGAUGACUCAGAGAGUCUACGUGGACGACUUGGAAAGUGAACAAAUCGGAGACAGCGACUUUCUAGACGACAAUGUCCUAGCAACAGCCCCGAGGCCCGGAACCUCCAUGAAGACCGCCCUGCCUCCGACCUCCAACGCCCUCGGUUCCAGGCCGAGGACGACGACGGGACGUCCUAUUUCCGGGAUGGCACGUCCCGGAACGCAAGCCCGUCCAGGUUCGGCGCUGGACCGCCUGAAGACGGCGCGUCCCGCCACCAACCAGUCGGCAAGAGCAAUUCGGUUGGGGACGGCGGCCAUGCUGACUCAAAAGGACGGGCCGUUUAUACAGGUGGCCAGGUUGAACAUCGGCAAAUAUGCCAAGAAUCCGUGUCUGGCCAAGCCGUUGUUCGAGUAUUUGUUUUAUCACGAAGGCGACGUGAGGAGCGCCAUGGAGUUGGCCGUGCAGGCCACUCAAUUCUGCGAGUUUAAGGAUUGGUGGUGGAAGGUGCAGCUGGCGAAAUGUUAUGUCAGCUUGAAUUUGAUCAGGGAGGCGGAGCAACAGUUGAGGAGUGCUUCGAAACAGCAUUAUAACGUUGAGAAUUUUAUUAGGCUUACCAGAAUAUAUCUUAGAUUAGAUCAGCCGUUGUCUGCCACUGAGAUAUGCAAAUCUGGUUUAGAAGUAUUCAACAAUGACGUGGCUAUUAUGACUGAAUUAGCCAGACUGUAUGAAAGCAUAAACGACACGAAUACAUCGGUGAAGUAUUACAGAAAUAUCGUUGUAGAAGACGCCAUGAAUUCCGAGGCAAUUGCGUGUAUUGGCAUGUACCAUUUUUACAACAAUCAACCUGAAUUAGCGUUGAGAUAUUAUAGGAGAGUUCUUGCGAUGGGUGCUCAUUCUCCAGAAUUAUAUAACAAUUUAGGAUUGUGCUGUUUGUAUUCUCAACAGUUGGAUUUAACUCUGGCUUGUUUUCAACGUGCCUUAGAUUUAGCUACAGAUCCAAUCAUAAAAGCCGAUGUUUGGUACAAUUUGUCACACGUUGCCAUGGCUGCAGGAGAUAUAGAACUGUCAAUUCAGUGUUUGAGUCUCUGCUUAUCGUCAGAUUCGUCGCAUGCAUCAGCGUUUAAUAAUUUAGCGGUGCUACAUCAUAAAAUGGGUAGGACGAAUUUGGCCAGAGUUUAUUUAACAACUGCCAAACAAUUAGAACCCAAUUUGACUGAACCACAGGUCAAUCUAGAUUUUAUCCAAAACAAGUAAUGAAAUAUAUAUA